UUUAUUCUAAGAUCAUCAUCAUUCAUAGUAAGUAUCCCACCAACACAACUCGGGUAUCAACUGUUAUUAAAAUGUCACAACUUGCUUUAUUGACUUUAGUUUUCAUAACGACGUACCUGAAACUAGACGCAGCGCAUGUUGGUAUCCAUUCCUUGUAUGGUUAUGAUGAAGACAAUCCAACAUUAUCACUUUACAAUCGCCAAGCGACAUUACCAAAAGUUAUAAAUUCAGUUGACAUUCAAUCACGUCUCAUACCAACAUAUUUUACUCCCGUGGACCUAUGGCAGAACUUAAUAAAUAGUAUUUACAGAUUGCAAACCAGUAGCGAUAUGACUACUCAAAACCCAUUGGAAAAUAAAAAAAAGUCAUCCACAUUAAAUAAGCAGCUUCCAUCGCAACAAGAAGACAGUCUAGAAAACACUGUUUUAAAAUUUCUAAAAUCUUCAGUACAUCAAUUGCGCAAUGACUAUGUACAUGAAUUACAACAGGUGCUAUCAGUUGAUAAGACCAUAACGUGUUGUCAAAAUGGUAAAUGUACAGUUGUCCGAGAACUUAAAGAAUGCAACACUGAACACAUUAAAUUGCAAACACAGCCCGUUGAAAUCGAUAACAAAAAUACAUCCGAACCGAAGACAUUUCAUAAGCCACUCAAUAUAACUCAAAGUAAUAGUACAGUUCAAAAACUAGACGACUCAACUGCAGAACUACCAGAUGACGAAGUAGAAAUCAUUCGCAAAGACAUUUUAUUAGCUACCAAUAAUCUCCGAGCCAAACACCAAUCGAGUGAACUAUUAAUUAACGGUGAAAUGAAUGCCUACGCUCAAGAAUGGUCUAAUAGUAUAGCAACCACGAACAUCAUAAAACACAGACCGGAUCCUCACCAGUACGGCGAAAACAUAUUCAGUAGUUCCGCGUACCUAGUAAACAUGGGUGAAGUAGCUGUCCAAAGUUGGUACGACGAAAUUGACCUUGAUGGAGGUUAUAACUUUGAAGGUGACGAAAAAGAGAUGUCGAAGAAUUCCUCACUGCAUUUCACCCAAGUGAUAUGGAAAAAUACAAAAGAGAUUGGCAUUGGCGUUUCAAAAAUGGGUAAUGGCUGGUACAUCAUUGUAGUUAAUUAUAGCCCACCUGGAAAUGUCGUUGGAUUUUUCAAGGAGAAUGUUUUGCCUAAAAAAGACAGUGAAUAAACUUGUGCCAUUAAUAAAUAAAUUAAUUUAUCAUAAAUAAAUUAUAGAGAGAUUUUGGUAAGUUUUUUCAUGACACCUGUACCAUUUUUAAUAAACAAUAUUUUAUAUUGUUAUUGUACUACCUUAAGCAAAAUUAUUUUUUAUGAUACAAUGUAAAUGUAAUAAU